AUACGUCAAUAGUACCAAAAUUUCUCCAUGGUUGCGUCCUAAACUGUCAUAUAAAUUAACAUUAUUUUUAUUCUUCAUUUCAUAUACAAUUUCUGAUUUUCGAAACUUAAAACGUUAACUCUAGCUUCUAAUUCUUUUAAUUCUUAUCAAGCAACUUGCAGCAGUUACGUAUAUAGCAGCAAUAUUGCAUAGACGCAUCACCAAGUGAGGUUAUUGUUAUAUUUUGUUAACAUUGCUAUUUCAUCAAUCUAAAUGAACAGUGAAAAGAGAAAUGCCCGUGGAAGGGGUCGUGGUCGUGGCCGUGGCCGUGGGCGAGGACGUGGCCGCGGUCGAGGCAAGAAAGUGCCUAAGGUGAUGUCUUCUGACGAAGAAGAAUGUUCCAUGGAAGAAACUGCACAGGAACAAGAAGAACCAGUUCAGGAGGAAGUUAAAGAGGAAAAUGAACAGACUGUACCGCCAAAAUUGGAGGUUCCCUCCGACAUAUCACAGUUAGAAGCACCAGUGUUCACAACAAUACAGCGAGGCCCCCCGGAGCCCAUGCUGCGGCUGGAGUGGGACCACCGAGCAAACCUCAUUGGGGAGAAAGUGCUCAACCCCAUGAUAUACUGCUGCGAUACUUGCUCUAAACCCAUACUCAUUUAUGGGAGAAUGAUACCAUGCAAGCAUGUGUUUUGUUUGACAUGUGCGAGAGCGGACCACACUCACUGCCCAAGGUGCAGAGAAAAGGUAUUAAGAGUGGAGCAAACAGGUCUGGGGACUGUGUUUAUGUGCACACACUCAGGAUCGAGGUACGGCAAUACUGGCUGCAGAAGGACAUAUUUGUCUCAGAGAGAUUUGCAAGCACACAUAAAUCACAGGCAUGUGUCUACUGGUGGAGAAGCGAAACCUGAGCCUGAACAGACCUCUGUCAACUUAGUUAAACCAUUAUCUGUGCCAAACAAAGCUGGAGACCCCAGAUCUCACAACGCAGGUAUCGGCUCACACGCACACCCUCAUUCAGAGAGACCAAGGGCUUCCAGGGCAAAUCUCAUUGCGGUGCCGAUACAUGAUCAUGAACCGCAACAUUAUUAUAAUUACUAUCAGCAGAGCCCGCAACCGGUGCCGCCGCCCGCGGUGCCGGUGUCGAGCGUGUCGGUGCUGCACAGCAUGGCGGUGCCGCCGCCCUACUACGCGGCGCCGGGCUACUCCGCGCCGCCCAACACCUAUGUGGGACCCGGUGCAACAAUGACAACAAACGUGUCUGGUGUGUCACCGAUGCCGACGCCAGUACCCAUGCCACCAGUCAGCAACAUGCCAGACACUUCCCGCUGGCCAGACUCUUACCAACAACCAGCCUCGGUACCACAGUGGCCUCAGAACCACUACUAUAGGUAGCAUACGGACGAUUACUACUUCGAUGAGAACUAUGGAUAGAAAUAAUCGUGGUAUGAAACAAUUGGCAAUAUAUAGAAUAUAUGUGAUGGACUUAGGACUUGAAGUUUGUGUGAAGAUUGACUGGUUUCAGUUUGUAAUAAUUGUGUACUGUGCUUUGAUAGUGUUGAAACUAUAGAAUACUGUUUGAAGUGUCUUGAAGAAGUCAGCAAAGUCGUUGACUGUUCAAAAUGAUAUGUGAUUGCUUCCAGA